AUGGCCCGCUCCGGGGCCCGCGCUCCGGGCCGCCGCCUCUCCUCGCCUCCGCUCCUCGGCGCUAUUGUGCGGGCCCGGCGAGCCCGGCCGCCCCGACGGGGGAGCCUGCCACCACUGCGCGGGAGACUCCGAGAGCCCCCGGCGCCCGAGAGCUCCGACCUCCUGGAAGUCCCUUUCCCCUCGGCGCUGCCGCCACCUCUUCCGUCUUCCUCACACAGCCAAAGCCGCCGCCAUCUUGGUUCGCCCUCAAUAACGGCGCGCGGGGCCACCCAGGCAGCAGCUGCAGGGGCGGCCCGUUGGCCCCACCAUUUAAAGAGACAGGAGCGAGGCCAGGAGCGUCGCUGCGGCGGAGGCCUCGGACGGAGGCGGGAGGCGGGCGCCGAAUCGCCGAGGUGGCGGGAACGCAAGGAGCGGAGGAGGCGGAUCGCUGGUCGCGACGCCGGUGACGGCCCGGGGCUCCCUCGCGCUCCCUGCACGCACCGCCGUGCGAGCGCGGGGCGGCGUGUGCGUCCGUCGCGCGCUGUGUUCGUCAUCACCCCGCUCGGGGAUUCGGAAGGGGCGUGGAGCUUGCGUCUGCAGCCGGCCGGCUCUCUGCCCGCCGUGCGCUGGGCGCCUCGGCAUCGGAGUCGGGCUGCUGCCCUCCCGUGCGCGUCACCGUCCAGCCGCCGCUGCCCCUGCCCUGCGGCCGCCGCGCCGCUACGGCCUGGGGCUGCCCCGCGGCGCGCCCGCCCCCGCGAGGGUCUUCUCCGGGCCGCCUUUGGGGCUCGCGGACCUCAGGCGCUUCUCCUUUGGGAAGAAAUGGAAAAGCUUACGGGAGAGGCCACAGAUACCAAAACAGUGCUAGCUGCACAAGUACCUGAUAAGUACAGACGGUCCCUGACUUAACGAUGGCUCGAUUUAUGAUUUUUCGACUUUACGAUGGUGUGAAAGUGAUACGAAUUCAGUAGAAAGUGUACUUCGAAUUUGGAAUCUUGAUCUUUUCCCGGGCUAGUGAUGUGUGACAUGCAAACUGAAAGUAAACCAAGAAUGCCUUCGUGAAAGAUGACGUGAGUGGAACCAUAUUAAAAUAGAGCCGGAGUAGCAAUUUCAGAGGAAUUGCCUAGCACGUCUUGUUUUCUUUAUCUUCCAAACCACCAACAUUCCAAGAAGUCAGUAAGGACAAGAAUAUCCUGUCUGUAAGGACUGAUGAAACUGGACUUUGCUGAUGACCGAAUCGCCAGCCAAUCAAUGAAGGACAAGGCAGCCUUUUGUCUGAUGACCGAAUCUCAAGCCAAUCCAUGAGGGACAAACCUAGCCUCACCUCCUCUAGCACCAGUGAACUCUUCUUCUUCUUCUUUCUUC